AUGAGCGCCACAGGAGGGGCCAGGCCCAGACCUCGGGAGACGGCACUCGCUGGCCUCACAAACGUCAGACCAGGGGACCCAGGCUUUGUGGUGAGCCGCAGGGCAGCGGGUCCCUGUGUGAGUGAGCUUCAGGACCCUCAGACUUUCUGUGGCUGGGGGGACCUGCAUUUCUGGCCGGAGAGGCUCCGCGGCGAGCCCAAGGCGGCCAGCAAUCCCAGAGGACCCGCAGGACAGGGAGGCUCAGAGCAGGUGGGCCGAGGUCAGAGGUCACCUGGCUGUGAACGCCUGCGCUUGGGCCCCGUCCUGCGAGCCUCCAGCCUGGGGCUGGGACAGCGGAGAGGUGAGUGUGGGGCGGCCAAGCUCCUGGGACUCCCGCCCUGGCCCGGAAAGCUGCAGACCAGGCUGGGGGAGGUGUCGGGGCAGCAGUGGGACCCCGAGAGGCUGCCCACGCUUACGGUCCCGUCCCUCCGGGAGCAGAGGCGGGACUGGGUGCAGCGGCUUGUGGACGACUGGCCCCGGGGUGCUCUGCUGACGGCAGAGCCACAUGGCACCUUUCUAGGUGCCGUCUGCUUCUUCCUCUCCCUGCCCCGCGCCCAGAAUGUGGCUCAGGCCACGAGGCCACUGGCCUCUCUCUCCCUGCCGCCCCGCCCCAGGGAGCGCGCUGUCCCCUGGGAGAUGCCAGGUGCUCGGCUGCCUCGCUCACUGCUGCCCGAGACCCCCUGCACACGGCCCCCUCCAGGUCACCCAUUUUCCCAGAGAGUGCCUCUCAGGUGGGGGCAACUGGGAGCCCAUGGCCGCUCCGUGAGCAGGCCUGAGUGGACCGGAGACACCGAGUCUCAGGGUGGAAGGACCCUGACCGCAGACCACUCCUGGGCAGGGCUCCUGGGAGCCAGUGUGGAGCGCGGACGGACCACUGGACGGCCACUGGCAGAAGGUCGUCUGGACGAGCUCGGGGACGUUCUGGCGGUGACCGCUGUGGCUGUGGAGCCGAUGGAGGAAGUGCUGGGCGAGCCUGUCAACCAGCCUGGGGCCGACGCCUUCACGGCCACCCUGAUCCAGUCGGCUCUGAGCAACAGCAUCUGCAUCCGCGGGGAUGCCUGCUCCGCUCCCAGUGUCAGGCCGGACACGCCCCACCGUUGCUGUGGCAACCGCGUUCCCCUGCGGCACGCAAAGCCCGGAACUCGGCCGCGGGGCGGGGGGGGGGGGGGGUUGCCAAGGCAACCAGACAGCACCUCCAAUGGGCUGGCCUCCAGUGAGCAGGGCCUCCAGUGGGGCGGGGUCUCGAGGGCCUGGACCGUAAGAACAGCAGAUGCUCUGUGGUCCUCGCGGGGCACAGGGCUUGGGUAG